UCACCUCGCUAUCCAAUCAAUUAUUGAUAACAAACCACAGCAGGUCUGUAUUCACCUAGCUAAUGUUUGGAACGUUGUUGUGGGAACGUAGUGAUAUUUUCAGUAAUAGCCCGUUGCGAAAUGGGAAGCUUGUAGAAUAUAUUGUACUGGGAAAGUUUCCUUCUACUCCACUGAUAAUAUCACACUCGACGUUAUGGCUUGAACGUGGAAAAUGUCCGAUAGGCCGGUUUUAUGCGCAGCCUGUGACGAGCCCAGUCCCGGGCCAAUAAGACGUUUAUACUAUCAGCCACGAAAACACGGUCCAUUCUUUCCGAUUCUGGAACAACAGAAAGUUGGGGUCAAAGCAAGUUUAUUUUCCGGAGGACGAGUUGUCGUAUGUACAGGCUGUGCCAGCCAUUUGCAAAGACAGUGGAUCGCAUUCGAAAAAAGGUGGACUCCUUUGGAAAAACGAACCUACACACUCUUAGCAGCCAGCAGGGCGCCAAAGGGUGAUGAUUUCAGCGAAGCUGGCUCGCAGGACCACGCGGCCAAACUUCAGUGGCGCAAAGCCGCCAAAUCACUAACAGUUCAACAUCAAAUCGUGGAUAGCUUCCAACACACGUCACAUGACGAUGAUCCGAGCCCCGUCAGCAGAUUCAGAAUGGCGGCUCAGAACGUCCAACACGAGAGAGAGGCGAACCCAGCUGGUUCUAGUCUCCACGAUGUGGUUCAAAUGGCGCGCGACGCAAAUGCUGAUUAUGAUACACCACGAUCUGACAGAAACGCAGGAAACUUGCAUCUUCCUGUUUUAGCGAGAAACUCUCCCGCAGAAAGACGCUUACCAGGGGGUACAUCAUCUGAAUUUCAAGACCAGCUUCCUCAGAAAUUACGCGAAAGCGCAGACAUUUUGAUACGAAAGGUGGCAGAAAUUCAAUACGAGGAAAAUCUGCGACAGUCGCAAGAAACCAUUCGUGAGGCGCUGGAUCGAGUAAAAAAGUCACAAGACCGAGCGCAGUUUGUGAAGAGCCUGGGGCGCGAUCUCAAAGAGCGACUUUACGGUGAACUUGAGUUCCGAGAUGCCAACAGAAGUUUAACCGAGGAAAGACGAAAGAAAGCUGUUCAGGCGCUCAAAGACAACGAUGACUCCAAACAUAAGCAAAUAUUAAAAGAAUUGGCCAAGGAGAAGGAAUGGCAGCGAAAAACAGAAAUCAUGAUUGCAACUCAGGAAAAGAGAAUCGAAGAACUUCGACAAGAGAUAAAGAUAGAAAUGCGGAGCAUUAUGGAAGAACAAAACAGGCAUUACGAGGAACUGAAGCAAAUGAUGAUAGAUUCCAGAGCAAUAGUACCUCAUAACGGCAGUGACCACGCGUACGUGAGUCUUGAUGGAUCAAUGCAUUCUGGAUCUAAUCUGGAGGAUCUUAUUCCGAGUAGAAAGAGAAGGCGUAACAGGGAACCCAGUACAACUUCUGCCCUAGAGGAGCAUUCUCGUGCAAGCACGCCAGAAUAUUAUAUCCAGUAGAUCAGACGUUUUGAUAGACAAUUUUGUAAAUUAUUCAUACCUUUUUAUUCCCAGACUACCCCCUCCCCCCACCUUCACUAUUCAUGUACAGUAUAUAUUCCUGCCAAGGAAGAGACCCUAUAUGAAUCACACACAUUCUUCAUGAAAACAUUUCGGAGAAAUUUAAAUAUAACAGAACAAAGCAAUUCAUCUGGAGGCGAGGUGGCAAGAACUAUUAUACGGCUCUUUCGCCAGAGAAGUAAAAAUAAUCGUUGUUAAAUUUAUCAUAACGAUUCAUAAGCAAAUCUUUGAUUACCCUCGUAAUAAAAAGCAGUCGAGAAAGUCUCAGAGGAAAAUGUUCCCCCCAGCAUACAACUUAAGAUGAGGAGAUAAGUCUACGAUUGUUUCCUGAUGAGAAACCUCUUCCGUAUCAAUGGGCAUCACAACGCACUAAACGAUCUUUGUGGUCAAUCUUGGACAUAGCUGGGGGUGGGGGAGGGGUUUAGUCCUUAUACGAGAAAAAGGAACACCUAAUCGUAAGUGACAAGUGGCAUAAUUCCAAUCGAGUGUCAUAAGUAUUCUAGAAGUGCUGUAGUUUUACCACACGAAACCCUGUGGUUGGUCCAAAAGUCUCGCGUUGCCCUCUUAACUAAUCAUUUGCAAAACUAAAUCCAAUCGGGAUCUUGUCACCUGCUUUUAUCCGCGCACAAUCCCAAUCGAAUGACAAAAGUGUUCUGGGAUUGCAGACGUUUUCCUGCACUACUCUCUGUGAUUGGUCCAGAAAACUAGCUUCACCUACUCAACCAAUCAUUUUCAAAACUAAAAGCAAUCGAGAUUUUUGUCAAUUGCUUUUAUCCGCUCUUAACUCCAAUCGAGUAAUAAAAGUA